AUGGUACGUCCUGGCAAGCGCAAGAAGUCAUCACGCAAGCCGCAAGGCCCAAGAAAGCGCGAACCGCUCGCCUCAACCUUCACCUGCCUCUUCUGCAACCACGAAAAGGCGAUUCAAGUCAAACUGGACAAGAAGGCCGGCGUCGGCAACCUGCACUGCAAGGUCUGUGGCCAGAAAUACCAGACGGGGAUCAAUUACCUCUCGGCCGCCGUGGACGUGUACUCGGACUGGGUCGAUGCGUGUGAGGAGGUCGCGAAGCAAGCCGCAGACGAGGAGGCAGAGGAUGCAAAGUUUAGUAGUUAUGCUACUGGUGGCACCCGCCCCGGAGCGGCAAGGGCUGGAGUGCCGGCUGGCGGUGGCGGUGGCGGCGGGGAUGACGAGGAGGAUGAUGCAGAGUAUGGGGAUGAGUGA